UCGGGUUUAUUGAGUUUGAGUCGGCCCAGCCAGGCCACCAGGCACUGUGUGAAACGUGAAAAUCAAGCGGCACAGUCGACGGCGACAAAAGCCAUUGCGAGCGCGUCUACGCGGCGCUCGAAAUAUAACAAAAAUAUACAAAAAAAAAAAGCCAUAUACCAUUCAAACAAAAAAAAUAAUAAUAAUAAUCAAAAUAAAGGCAAACAAUCUAUAAAAUCGAACAAUACGAGAACCGAUAUCCGAGAAAAACUAUUUUUCCAAACACAGAACAUUUUUGUGUUGAGUUCGCAAAACACACAAAUUUUUUGUUUUUUUUUUUUUUUCCCCCCUCUGUGAGUGUACAAAUUGGCGCUUCUUCUUCUUAUUAAUAUUGUGCGCGUUUUUUAUUCGCAAUUUUUGUUUUUAAUUCUUUCAAUUAAAAAAUCAUAAAAAAAAAAAAUAAAGAAACAAACAAUUGCCAGGCACUGUGAUGCACAGCCACCUGGCAGCUGAUUUAAGAUAAUAAUAAAAAUAAUAAUAAUAAUAGGAAGCACAAACAAACACCCACACACACAAGCACACCUGGACACACGUUGCAAGUUCAGCUGCUGUGACAAAAAAAAAAAACAAAAAGAAAAGAAAAACAAAAAGAAGAUCCCCAAAAAGGAGCCAAGACAACGGAAUUUUGCUUGAUAUGCACCGAAAUUUAAAGGCCAACGAACAUCCUAAAAAAUCCAGAGCCGGCAAAAGGAAGUUCAAAAAUCAUUUUUGAAGGAAAUAUUUAACCAACACACUGCCAAAAGGAAAGAUAUCAAUUUAUAUAUAGAGAUUCCUGACCCGCCAGACAUCCAAACUGUGCCAAGAUGUACAAGUUACUGGGUAGCCUGAAGAGCUACCUAAAGUGGCAGGACAUCCAGACGGACAAUGCCGUCUUCCGUCUCCACAACUCCUUCACCACGGUGCUCCUGCUCACCUGCAGUCUGAUCAUCACCGCCACCCAGUACGUGGGCCAGCCCAUUAGUUGCAUUGUCAAUGGCGUGCCACCGCAUGUGGUGAACACCUUUUGCUGGAUCCACAGCACCUUCACCAUGCCGGAUGCUUUCCGCAGACAGGUUGGCCGUGAAGUAGCCCAUCCCGGUGUGGCCAAUGACUUUGGUGACGAAGAUGCCAAGAAAUACUACACCUACUACCAAUGGGUGUGCUUUGUGCUCUUCUUCCAGGCCAUGGCCUGUUACACGCCCAAGUUCCUGUGGAACAAAUUCGAGGGCGGCCUCAUGCGUAUGAUCGUUAUGGGCCUGAACAUAACGAUCUGCACUCGAGAGGAGAAGGAAGCCAAACGCGACGCCCUCCUGGACUAUCUCAUCAAGCACGUGAAGCGACAUAAGAUGUACGCCAUUCGUUACUGGGCCUGCGAGGUCCUGUGCUUUGUUAACAUCGUCGUUCAAAUGUAUCUGAUGAAUCGCUUCUUUGACGGCGAAUUCCUCUCGUAUGGCACCAAUAUCAUGAAGCUGUCGGAUGUGCCCCAGGAGCAGCGCAUCGAUCCGAUGGUGUAUGUGUUCCCUCGUGUCACCAAGUGCACCUUCCACAAGUAUGGUGCCUCCGGAUCGCUGCAGAAGCACGACUCUCUUUGCAUCCUGCCCCUGAACAUUGUCAACGAGAAGACGUACGUGUUCAUUUGGUUCUGGUUCUGGAUCCUGCUCGUUCUGCUCAUCGGGCUGAUGAUCUUCCGUGCCUGCAUCAUCUUUAUUCCCAAGUUCCGGCCCCGCCUGUUGAAUGCCCGCAACCGCAUGAUUCCGAUGGAGAUCUGUCGUCCGCUGUCCCGCCGGCUGGACAUCGGGGACUGGUGGCUGAUCUACAUGCUGGGUCGCAACCUGGACCCGGUCAUCUACAAGGAUGUGAUGAGCGAGUUUGCCAAGCAGGUGGAGCCCUCCAAGCACGAUCGUGCCAAGUAAACCUGACCCAGAGACCCCAGAGAGAGCGAAAAAUCCUACCUAUAUUUUUUUUUGACAUUUUCACCUCCUUUUUCAAAACUCCCUUGGACACCUCAACUCAAAAAAAAAGGAUUUUUUUUUAACACCCAAAUUCAAAUUCAGAUUUUGGUCUUUUUUUUAUUUUUUAUUUUUUAUUUAGCACAAAUCAUACUAAUUAGUUGAAACUCGAGUCCAGGACAGUUGAUAGUUCUGUGAUUAAACUGACCACGCCCCCUUCCCCUACCCCUCUUUCAGACUAAAAAAAAAAUAACAAAAAAAAACUCUUUAAUUAAUUAAUCAAUGAUCACAACUCGAAUCGCUUGGCAGAGAAAAAAAGACAUCACUUUUCUUUCAUUUUCGAAUUGUAACUCCAAAAAAAAAACAAAUUAUGAGAUUUUCCUUGAAAAUGCGUUUUUUUCUACAACAAACAAAAAAAAGAAAUUUUUUUCCUAAUUUUAAAUUAUAAUUUAAUGCCUAGCUUUUAUUUAUAAAUAGACAACAUCCCUAAAACAGAAGAGAAAAAUAUGAAAAAAGAAAGUAGAACCCCAAAAAAAAGAUGAUAUUUUUGCAUGAAAUUGAGAAAGAAAUGUUCAAACGCUUCGGAUAUCACCGAUAAUAAUAAUAAUAAGAAUAAUAAUAACAAAAUAAUAAAUAUUGCUUUUGAGUCUUUCAUAAUAAUAGUAGGUCUGUAGCGUUUCAGCGGCGAAAUAAAUAAUUAUUUUUGGGGGAUUAUACAUAAUAUUGUGAAGAGAAUAAAUGCGCUAUGUUAAGUUUAUUGUGUAGUUUUAGGCGAAAAUUGCAAAUUACGGUUUUAUAUAUGUAUGCAUAAAAUAUAUAUAUUUAAAACUAAAACUUAUAAAAAUAAAAAUAUUUUUACAACUGGCGAAA